GGUUACGGUUUUGACGCAUCAUGGAGCCUGCACCUCGCAGCAUCUCUGUGCACAAUUUCAGUGAGAGGUUCAGUGAGCAGACUGUCCAUUUCCAUGUGAUGGCCAUGCAGGACUGCUUCUUCCUCUGGGUCGGAAUAUCAGCCACACUCAGCAAUAUGGCUGUAGCUAUGGGCAGCAGAUUUGACACAGUCCCAUUAUCUACAUUGCUCCUUGGCGAUAAAUCAGACACCACUUCAUGCUCCUUUGCACAGAGAUUAGCCAAGAAGACUACAAAACAGGUAUUUGCCAGCAUCAAUAUCCCAAAUAAUGACAGCCAACUCAUGUUGCGGAUAGAGAAACGGAUCAAAGAGGAAAUGGAAGCCUUUCCUGAUAAAUUUUGAUUGUCACUUUGCCGUUUGUGAAAGGAAGGCCUCGAUAUUGCAAUUUUCUCUGUGGUGGUUUGGAUUCCAAAGCAGUAGACGUUGGUCAGAUCCAAUAGAAACCACAAAGUUGAGCUGACUGUAACAAUGUAUACUGUUUCCCCCAGAAAGGGCUGUAAAACACAGGAAAGACCAGAAGUAGCCAAGAUCUGACUAAUUUAAUCCCUAUUUAAGUGUAUGGGAGAUCAUACUUUUCCUCUGGGAAUGUUUCUAAAUACAGUCUCGUUAAUCACUCAUAACAGUUUGACUUAAGAGACAAGAUUUUUUUUAAAUAUAUUUUAAUAAAGAAUUGUUCAAAUGAA